CGGCAACACUGUUCAGACAGUAUCCAGUCUGAGAUUGCGAGUGGAAUAGCGUAAUUUGCUGUUGUCAGUGCGUUGUUUUAACUUAUUAUGUUGGCGUUAAGGUUAAGAAGGAUGUUGUUGUAUUCUCCUCUUCAGUGACGUGACAAUGCGUUUCGGAGGCCUGUUGAUCUUCUCAGCUAUAGUGCUGCUGGUGUUGACGAGAUCAGGCUCUGUCAAGAUACAAUACUCAAAGACUUUUGAAUUAGUCCUUACUGGACAAAAGCUUAAUGGGAAUUACACAUCCUUCUCUUCAAAUAAUGUCCAGAGCUGUGCUUCUCACUGUAUCACCCGUGGCUGCUGGCUGCUGACUUGGGACGUUGCAACGCGCAAUUGCAGCCUUCUGGACCCUCUAACUGCCCUGCCAGGAAUCGAAGCAGGACCAUCUACCCUCAGGACGUAUUUCUGCUCCGGCAUAAAUAACGCCAGAGUGAAGAUGUUCCCGGAGAAAAUCAUGUGGACCGAUUGCAGAACAAAAUGUGAGGAUCUGGGAGGGCGGAUGUUUUUACCCCCAGAUUACACUUACGGUGCUGUUUUAACUGUUAUUUCUGGCUUUAACAUAUUUCAUGUGGGCAUGUAUCGGUAUCCAAAUGACACAAAGACUUGGUACAACAUGGAUGGGCAGGUUAUCUCUCCUCCUGUACGUUGGGGUACGAAUGAACCGAACAAUGGCGGAGGUGUGGAGUACUAUGUUGCAUUGUACUAUGGUGGAUUAGCAGAUAUAGCCGCAACCACUGACCAGUCGCGUCAGUGUCCUUGUGAAAUAUAGAUGCACACAGUAAAUUUUCAAAGAAAUCCACACUCAUAAGAUUAUAAAAAUUCUAGUGGAAACUAUCACACAUAAGUGUGGGUGAGCUUAUGAAGUAUAGCUCCCAUAUGGACUGUAAGAGACAAGUUUUAUUUUGUUUCUGUUGUAUUAUCUCUGCGAUUUCUCCCUUCAGGGGUUAGUUGAUGGGAUCUGACCUCCAAUUCGUAAUAAACUCAGCUCAAAUCAAAAUUAGAUUUGCUAAUGAUGGACCUUGUAAUAACACAUUAAUUGUUAUGAGUCUCCCAGUAUCGGACUCGUUGCUUUGUUUGGAAUGAAACUGAGGCAUUUUCCUUUUUUUGCAAAUUGCACAACAGUAUCUUGAGACAUUUUUAUAUAUCUAUCAUCCUACAUGUUAUAUACUAAUGUUUGUGGCACUAGGACGGGUUCAACUUCAGGGAUAGGUGGUCCUAUACAUUGCACGUAGUGUUCACACUUUGAAAUUCACCCUAUUGUACUUAAAGUGAGUGUAAUUCUUAUUGUAUUAAGCAAAUGAACUAUUGUUAAAGCUGUUAUUGGAUAGACAGUAUGAUUGAGUUUAUUAUUUACUAUCUUAGUCAAAUGAAUGAGGUUAAUGCUGGAUAUUGUAAUAGAAUUAGUGAUUAACAUAAUGCAGUGAAUGACAGACAUCAUUAUGGUUCUGUCCAUGGUCAAAAUAAAGCAUAUCUGGGUUAAACGGGCAUUCAUCAAUUAUUUUACUAUUAAUUAAUCCUACUGUAGUUUUAUGCUCAGCUACAACAUAUCAAAUGUCAUAUUAAUAGGGAUCUUCACUGUCGUUUAUGAAAAGAUCAGUGAGAAACUUCUACUUAUGAUGCCCUAAGAUGGAUAUUUACAUCCUUUGCCUUGCUUGUGAAUUACCCAAGUUACCUAAC